AUGGGAUAUUCGGAUCAGGAGUUGGAACGCCCGAUCGUCGGCAUCAUCAACACCUUCAGCGGUUUUAAUAGCUGCCAUCACAAUUUUGCUGACCUGAUCGAAGCGGUGAAGCGGGGGGUGCUGUCUCACGGUGGGCUGCCAAUUGAAUUCCCGACGAUCUCGCUUGGGGAGAUGUUUACAGCACCUACCACGAUGAUGUUCCGCAACCUGAUGGCGAUGGAUACAGAGGAGAUGAUCCGCGCCCAGCCGAUGGAUGGCGUUGUCCUGUUAGGUGGCUGUGAUAAGACCGUUCCCGCUCAAUUGAUGGGGGCUGUGAGUGCUGACCGUCCGGCGAUUUGUCUGGUCGCGGGACCGAUGAUCGCCGGGGAUUAUCAAGGGCAACGACUGGGGGCUUGCACCGACUGCCGCCGAUUCUGGGGCGAAUAUCGCGCUGGACGUUUGAACGCAGACGAGGUGGCUGAGAUUGAGAGUCGGUUGUGUUCCAGCACAGGAACUUGUAUGGUAAUGGGCACAGCCAGCACAAUGGCGGCGUUGGCGGAGGUGCUUGGACUGAUGUUGCCCGGCGGUGCCGCUAUCCCUGCGGUGAUGUCAGAGCGGCGUCGUCAUGCGGAAGCGACGGGUAGAACAAUUGUCUCAAUGAUUAAAAACGAUCUCCGUCCGUCGAAGAUUUUGACGCAACAAUCUUUCGAGAACGCGAUCCGUCUCCUGAUGGCGAUUGGUGGUUCAACAAAUGGUGUCAUCCACUUGACAGCGAUUGCGCGGCGACUUGGCAUUAAACUUAAACUCACGGACUUUGAUCAGAUCAGCGAUGAGACUCCGGUCAUAGUAAAUCUCAAACCGAGCGGUGAGUAUUAUAUGGAAGAUCUCUUUAAGGCGGGUGGAAUCCCGGUGGUGAUGAAAGCCCUCGAAGAUGUUCUCCAUCGAGAUGCCCAGACGGUGCUAGGGAGUACCAUCGGAGAGAACCUCUCGGCGGUGCCUCAUCCAGCAGCGUGGCAGGAUGUCAUCAAGCCUAGAACGGCACCACUAUUUGAAUCUGGUACGCUUGCCAGCCUCUUUGGGAACUUAGCGCCGCAGGGAGCGGUGAUUAAGCGUUCGGCUGCUUCUCCUGAUCUACUGACACAUCGGGGACCGGCGGUCGUCUUUAAGUCGCUGGAAGAUCUACACAACCGCAUUGAUGAUCCCGAUUUACCCGUCACCCCAGAGCACAUCAUCGUUCUGCAGAACGCGGGACCCAUUGGUGGGCCGGGGAUGCCGGAGGCGGGCUACCUCCCGAUCCCGAAAAAACUCCUGCGGGCUGGCGUUAAAGAUAUGGUUCGCAUCUCCGACGCCCGGAUGAGUGGGACGGCAUUCGGCACGAUUGUACUCCACAUCGCUCCCGAAGCGGCUAUCGGCGGACCUCUCGCGCUGGUGGAGGAGGGCGAUCUGAUUGAGUUGGAUGUCCCAAACAAACGGUUGGAAUUGUUGGUUGAUGACACAGUAUUAGCCAAGCGGCAGGAGCAGCUCGUUCUGCCUGAACCACACUUCCAGCGAGGCUAUGGGUUGCUAUAUACCCAGCACAUUGAGCAGGCACACUUGGGCUGUGAUUUUGAUUUCCUUUAG